ACUUACAUUUACGAUCUUUGGAUUCCGUCAACAACAACAACACCGGGUCUCACUGUCUGGGCGCAUCCGAUCCCUCGAUCGUCGUCGCCCCUAAAUCAACACAACAACAUCUGUCUCUUUACAAUUCACUCUGCAGUCAUCGGGAGGACAAACCCUUCAUGCAAAUUGCACCUACUAUCAAGAAGAAGACAAUCCACACUUUUCAUAAAACAGCAACAUUUGGAUACUACCGUUAACACCACCCCUCAUCUUUGCCAUCCUAAGUCCAUUUCUACUUAAAGGUCUAUUUUUCUUAUUAUCCUUAUACAAAUAGAAGACAUCGAUAACUUCCAACAUCUGCCAAAUUCUGAACAUUGAUGCGCCACCGAAAGUGCCGUAUCCAUCAACAUCACCACUCGUACAGUCAUCAGGAGGAAAAACCUGCAUGCAAACUUGCAUGUAUUGCGAAGAAGAAACUGUGAAAUAGGCUUAAAUACGGACUUCGUCUGUCGUGGUUCUCGGGAAUCUCACGAUGCUACUGAAUACUAGACGAAUGGGCAUUUUGCUUCGAAAUAGAGGGUUUGAAAUUCACGUCGAUACGAAUCGUUAUUUGAGAACACAAUGCACAGCCCUUCUUCCCAGAGGAUAUACGGAUUACGAGAGUCGACGAUCAGAAAGGGUGCCAAGUGCUAAAACUUCGUUGUGUUCAGUAGAUGAGGAAAGUGGAAGGAAUAAUCAGGUACACAAAGAUACACGUUCUAUAGAAGAAGUUGAUCCAGUUAUACUGAAAUAUACAAAUAUUUUAAAUGAACUACGUAGCUUUGAAACAAAUACAGACAAUGUUCACCCAACCAACUUCGGUAGCAUUCGAUUUGACAGCGAAAAUGUGGUAAAAGUUCAUGGACAGUAUGACAGUAUUUAUGGUCCAGACAUGCAGGAGAAGCUAGCAAUGCUGGAAACUAAGACAGACGAAGGUGAAUAUGUAACUGAUCAAGCAGAAAACGAUCUUUAUCGGGCGAGCGAACCAUUUGUUUCACAAUUAACUUCUCCAAUGUCACAAGAGUCAUUUGUAUCUUUAAAAGAAAACACAGCAGAUAUAAAAAAAGAAUCUGAAGUGCUAACAAGCACAAGUGAAGGAUUGGAAGAGUAUAGCAAUGAUAGCAAUUAUGUGGAUAGCUUGUACUUUGGCUCAGCCCAUAUAAAUUGUUCUAAAACCAGUAUUGUUCAGAGUGCAGAAUUGAAUUAUAUAAAACCAGCCAAUAAUAAAACUGUUACUACUGGUAAUCUUAAUUACGUGGAUGAAUGUGUAUUUGGUGAUUUUGUAUCAAGAGGUGAUGCAGCUGUACACACACAAGAACCUUUAACUAAAAGUGAUAUAAAAGAAAAGCAUUAUCAAAUGACUGAAAGAGAACAUCUAAGCAAGGAUGACGACUUAAGUUACAUUGAUAAAGUUUUCUUUAAUGAUUCACUAGAUACCUAUUCAGAGAAUCAAACAUCCACUGUUGAAUUAUCAGAAGUCAAAAGUAACGUGGAAAAUCAUUUAUUUAAUAAAAGAGCACACACUAGAGAGACAGACCAAGAAUUUUGUAGUAGUUCAGGAGAAACUAUGGGCCUUGGAAAGAAUAUUACACCAACAAUUCUUCCACAUCUAACAGAAAACCCAAAGGAAAAUGAAAUAUUGGUCGAAUAUCCUGUCAACCCAAGGGAUAAAGUCAAGCCUAAAGUUAAAAAUGCAGAAACGGCACCAAAAUCUGCUUUUGAAUAUGUUGUAAAUAUGAGAAAAGAUUUACAUGAAAAGAAGCAUGGUACUGAGAUGGAUGGAAAUAUGAAAAAAAGCUAUAAGAAAGUUUUAAGUCUAUUAAGUGUGAAGUCACAAGAAAAGUUUACCAAAUAUGAAAUUUUAAAAUUGCUGAAGACAAGUGUAAUAUAUGAUCAGGAUGAUAUUGUUGGCUUAUACAAACCAUAUGGAAUGACCAUGCACAGUGGAACUAGCAAUCAGCAGCAUAUCCUUGCAGACUACCUCCCAGAUUUGGCUAAACAUUUAGAAACUGAUGAACUGUACCCAGUGCACAGGCUUGAUGCUGGUACCACAGGAGUGUUACUGAUGGCUCGUACUCCUGCCAUGGCAGACACUUUAAAGAGAAUGCUUAAGAAACAUCAGAUCAAGAAGACAUAUUGGGCCAUCACAAAAGGUGUUCCAAAUCCACUUCGAGGUGUGAUUGAUAUACCAAUAUCAGAGGGCAUGAUUGAAGGAAGGCGUCGCAUGGUUCUCUCACCAGUUGAAAAUGGAAUAAAAUCUUCUAAAAGUAACAGCCAUUUAGCUGUUACUACUUUCAAAGUACUAGCAAGGAUCAACAGUGCAUCUCUUGUUGAAUUGUCACCAAUGACGGGAGUGAAGCAUCAACUUCGAGUACAUCUUGGCUUUGGACUAUCUUGUCCUGUGCUGGGUGAUCACAAAUAUUCACACUUUCAGAAGAUGACUCCUCAGCGACUUCCUGGAGAUGUCUUGGAUCUUCUGAAGAUGAAGCAGAGUAAAGUCAGAGAUUUACCAAUGUUUCUCCACAGUCGAUCUGUUCUCAUUCCUGAAAUUGCAGAUGGAAGAAAUGUAUUCAUUUAUGCCAAACUUCCAGCAUUUUUCAACAAAGCCUUAUCUCUCCUUAAAUUGAACAGACACCAUUGUCAAGUGAAGUUUGAUAACUAGGACCCCUGCAUUUAAUAUUUUAAUUACAUGUAGUGAAUGUGUAUGUAUGUAAUGCAAUUCAAAAUACUGUACUUCUCAAGCUUUGGGGGCCAGAUGCAUGCUUGAGAUGGAGCAAGCAUUUCCUCCCUUAUAAUGCUUAAACACACACUUAAAAUUCCAAAGUUAAUUAGUAUUUCCCAUGGUUAAAUGUCUCCUUUACAUUACAGUACUGUAUUUAUGUAUCAAACUAGGAUUAAAUUAGUAAGUUAUAAUUAUAUAAUUGGCAUUAUA